CGUUUUAUUAUCGACAGGUGAUACGCCUGCGAGUUUGUGCGUCUAGAUUUGAAAAGAACGGCGGUUCGCACAAAACCAUGAAAAUAUGUCUACGAGGCCACAUUGUGACAGCCAUCAAAGAUUGCUCAAGAAUCAUUCUGUCACAUCGAAGUGCUUGGCAAUAGUUCUGCAGGAAAAUAGUAAGUCAGACAAUGGCAACAACCUCGGACCUGGGAAUACCGAUGCAUCGCCGACGUCUGCGGGGAAAGUACACAAUGGAAAGGAUCUGUUUGACGAUUUCAAACUUAGGAAUAAGACUUGCUACUGGAACCCGUCGCUCAUCGAGAGCAUAAAGAACUUGGGAUAUCUAGGGUUUGUAGAACCAUCUACGAUUUUGGUUGGAGGAAAUGAUAUUCACCUGGAAAACUUGCGGUCUGCGUGGGGAAGACGGGUGCUGAAGGCACCAGCUGGUUUCACUGUCGAGAGAAUAGGUGAUGUGAAUGGUAUAGAGAUGCAGGUGAUACCGCAGACCCAGUUCAUCCCUCUCCCCGAUGCUCUGUGUCUCAUCAUCAUGGACCUCAACAACCAGCGUGUGGUUGCAACACUCGACACCAUCUUCGAGAAGCUACAGGCGUGGUACUGCGGCAUGACGAUGCCCAACAACCAGCUCAUAUUCAACACGCUCAGUCACCUCGUCCAGGAACGCAAAAUCUUUCAUACAGGUGGCAUGGAUGGCAAAGGGAGUGGAUAUUUCAUCGUGACUCCGGACACAUACCGGCUUCCGUCAGAUGACCCCAACAUGUCAUGCAAUGCUUCUUGGCUACCGUACCACCCGAUGUACAUCCCAGUCUUCCCUCAGAUGCAGAGCAUGCAGCAGCUACAACAGCUCAGGCAGAUGCAGCAGCUACAGCAGCUCCGGGCUCCGAUGAGAUCCAUCUCGUGCCAAGCGAACAUGUACGAGAAGCUCACGUCCCAGGUGGCGGCCCCGGAGUGUCAGCCGGCCCUGCCCCUGUCCAAAGUGAGACCUCGUAGUUCCAGUGCCCGGGGCACGAGGAACAAAGAGAAGGAGAAGGUUGCCGUGGAUAUUGAGAACGAUGACAGCAACCUGAAGAGGACCAUGUCGGUCAAAUACAAGACGGACAAGGCCACCGCCAUCACCAAAGAUGUGAAUCUCAAGUCGAGCAAUAUUAACCAGACCAAGCAGAAAGGUGAGAAGGUUUCCUUGUUUUCCAAGCUGUUUAAGAAGAACAAGAAGAAGAACGUAGCCCCUCCACCAGCUCCAGUGAAAGAGGCGGAGUACGCCACGUUCUCGGGCCAGUUCCCCCCGCCAGAGUGGCAGUGGUACAAGCAACAGGUGGAGAAGCAGCGUCGGACAGAGGAGUGGGUGAGCCAGCAGGGUCUCGGACCAACCCCUGACAAAUCGGAACCACAGCGCAACGUGCGGCCCAAGAGCUGGUUCUACCUCCAGAACAUGGUGCCAGACAGCAACAACCACGAUCAGGGCACGGGCGGAAUACUGGAGGAUCGAGAAAACACCAGUUUCGAAAAGAAAUGUGUGACGAGGAGACAUCGGCUGAAAAAGGAGAAGACCACUCUGAACAUUCACGAUAACAUGCAGGAGAGUGGUGUGGUGGAGCACCACGAGGCUCACCCUGGCAUGGAAUCGCUGUCUCCGAUAUCGGCCAAUGAAGAUAUUUAUCAGUCGGUCGGCAGCAGCAGCAAAGAUGCGGGGCCGUCUCAUUCUACGCCAAGGUUUUACGAUACCAUUCCUCCGAGACGAAGCCAGAACAGUGAGUGUGAGAACCAGUAUGUGAAACUGAACAAUAAGGAUGUGGAGGUGGUGUCGAGACAUCAUCAUAAUCAACACCACCAUCGGAGGUCUCAUCGGUCCAGGAGGAAAUCUCACAGGAACAGUUGUACGUACGAUUCUCAUUACAACAACGACAUCAGUUAUGAAUACAAUGGCCAGCUGCCCAACAAACACUCUGUGUACGCUGCUUCUAAAGACAGUGGUGUGAACUGUAUUGGACAGUCUGUUUCUGUGCGAACCAGCUCAAGCUCUCAUCAGACGUCUGCCAUCUUCCACAGAAAGGAAAAUGUUGUUCGGAAUCGGUUGGACGAGCUGGCCGAAGAAGAGAAUGAUGGUGUGGGUGAAUUCAGCAGUCCUGCCGGAGAGCUGCUUAGUGAUGAGGUUCCAGGGGUCUAUGCCCCACAGAACUCCAUUGAUCCCAAUUACUAUGACAGCAGCAUCAAUGAGAGUUGUGUUGGCGGUGUUCAGAUAGUGUGUGAGGCAGAGAUCAACCACCAGCCGAUCCCGGAGAUUGUGUUAGACUCUGAAAUUCAGCUCGGAUGUUACGGUCCUGAUGUGGCCCAGUCCAACUCGGGCAGCAAUGCAGGCAGCAGGGAUGCUCUGAGCAGUGAGAAGAGUUUCGACACCGUCAUCGCCGGUAAGAAUCGCCCCGAGGACGAGGACAACAAAGACUCGCCGAGUCACCUGGAGACUAUAAACAGCAAUAUCAGGGACCUCAGUUUUGUCGACAGUGGUUUUAGUUCUCCGCGGAAUCAGGAACAAGGUAUUUCAGAGUCUGGGAAAGUUAAUGUGCAACAGCAGCAUCAGCAGCAAGAACCGGACAACUUUGAGAACAGAUCUCAGAACAGCAAGCAGAACAACUCUGUUCCACAUGCUAAAGAGGUGUGUCACAUGGAACAGAAGCACAGGCCGGUUCCACAUCUGUAUCCUCACGUGAUGAACAAUCAACGGCCAUCGCGGUCAAAUCGGUGCGAAACGCAACAUUAUGCUCAAGUGGACGACCUGGUUCAGCUGGUCUGUCCGCAGACACCCGAACAGCUGCAGCUGUUUAAACAGCAGCAGCUCAACUCUAAGAGAUUCGGACUGAAUGGAGAGUUUGAAGUUGUUGGAGUAGUUUGAGGAAAAUAAUUAGUCAAAGCAUUUUCCUUUCCAGAUAUUUAUAGGCUUGUUGGCAGCUCUUUUUUAAUUUCAUAUUGGCUGAAAAAAAAGGUGUAUUUCGUGAUCUGAUCAAUAUAUCUGUUCAUUGACAAUAUUGACUAAAACAUUUUAGGUUCCAGAUAUUCAUAGGCUUGUUGGCAGCUCUUUUUUUAAUUCAUAUUGACUAAAACAAAAGUAUAUAUCGUGAUUUGACAAUAUAUCUGCUCAUUGACAAUAUUGAAACAAACAUUUUUGGUUCCAGAUAUUCAUAGGCUUGUUGGCAGCUCUUUUUUUAAUUCAUAUUGACUAAAACAAAAGUAUAUAUCGUGAUUUGACAAUAUAUCUGCUCAUUGACAAUAUUGAAACAAACAUUUUUGGUAGCAGAUAUUUAUAGGCUUGUUGGCAGCUCUUUUUUUUAAUUGAUAUUGGCUAAAAGAAAAGUGUAUUCCAUAAUUUGAUACAUCUGUUCAUAAUUGACAAUAUUGACUAAAACAUUUUUUGGUUGCAGAUAUUUAUAGGCUUGUUGGCAGCUCUUUUUUUAAUUGAUAUUGGCUAAAAGAAAAGUGUAUUCCAUAACUUGAUACAUCUGUUCAUUAAUUGACAAUAUUGACUAAAACAUUUUCAUUUGCAGAUAUUUAUAGGCUUGUUGGCAGCUCUUUUUAAAAAUUCAUAUUGGCUAAAAGAAAAGUGUAUUUUGUGAUUUGAUGCAUUUGUUCAUUUGUUCAAUGACAAUAUAACAGUUUGCUUUUUAUUACAGUAAAGUGUAUUAUUUCUCUUGGAAACAUCAGUUGUCAUGAAAAUGUGUCUGGGUUAUUUGAAAACAUUGUUUAAUGACUUUUAAAGUGGACACAAUUGACUCCAAGAGCUUAUGGCCAGUUUUCUAUACAGAGGCAGAACUUGCAGUACAUCUGUUUAGUAAUUUAUACCUCAUAUGCCAUUGGUAUGUUUAAUGGUACACUCUUUCUUUAGUUAUUUGUAAACAUAUACUCAGAAAUAUUUUAUUUUCAACCUUUUACGUAUGAAGAGAGUUCAACAAAAAUACCUGGCGACUCAGUCUGUUAAGGAUUUUGUCUUGUAUUUUACUUUUAAAAAAAAAAGAAGAAGAUUAAUGUUGGAUAUUGGGUUUUUUAUUUGUCUGCUUUUCUAAUUUGUUAAAAAUUCAUAUGAAAGUAACAGCAUUGUUUAUUUAAAUUAUUAAAGAAUUAUAAAGGUAAUGGCAGUAAAAGCUUAAAAUCAAAUGGGGUUUUUUUUAAAAAUAAAUUUAUUUUUAUAUAUAUAUAUUUUUUUAAUCAUUUAAAUUGAUAAUGGACUAAAAAAAUUUUUUUUUUAAAUAUUCCAUAUUUUCAUGCAGAAAUUUUUACAGAAUAGACAGUUCUAGAGGCAUACUACUGGUCUUAAUGUUGAAAAGACAGAGUAUUUAAAGCAUUUUCUUUCAAGAUCCAUCAUCACUAGAAGUUAAUCAACCCCAAUCAUAAUCUUUACAUAAACUGACUCUAGAAUAUAAAAAUUGUAAUGUGCUACAAUAGGGCAUGAAUUUUAGUGUUAAGUAUAUUUAGUACAAUUCCAUUGAUUUAAUAAUGCACAUGUAUUGAAAAAAAAAAAAGUCUUUGUAAUGGGAACUAACUAUUCCAGUGUUGCAAGUCCGCAGUUACUUCCCCUUGACAGUAUAUUUGUAACCUUAAAUGAACACGUUCACUGCUAUUUAUAUUUUUUAUUUAUGUUUUCUGUUCUGUUAAGAAUUACAAGAAUUUCUUUGUUUUGUUUUAAUCAUAAUUUCAUUUGCUUUGCAUUGGUUUUAAAUUAAUUUACAAUACAAGUACAACAUUUGCAUGGUGCAGUACUAAGGUAUAUUAAAAAAGAAAAUCUACGUAUACAUGUUCUUACUUCUUUAAAGACUGGGUCAGUGACAAAUCUAAUUUCUUUAUCUUCUGUUUAGGCCCCAUUUUGUCAGUAUCUUAUAAAGAUGCUAAUACAAUCGAGAUCCUUGUUUAUUAAAUAUUGUAUAAUGCUAAACAUAAUUUAUCAAAAAGGUUUAAUGACAUAAUUAUGUCAUCACAAAAUUUAUUCCACAAAAAUAUAUACAAAUAAAUAGUAUAACACUGUUUUAACCAGUAUAAUAACAAUUUUCAGGCAUUUGUUGUGACAAAAUAAAAACAUAAAAUUACGUAAUUACACUUUAUAUAUUAAAUAAACAUUUUAUUGCAUAAUUACUGUGGACAAUAAUUUACAUUUUACAUUUGCCAUUAUCAAACUGAAAACUACUGACUAUAUAAUCAAAAUUUUCAUCCAUAUCAUCUUAACUUUUUUUUUUUAAAGAUUUGAUAUUUUUAAAAUGUUGUUUUCAUGGUGAUUUUUUAAAUUAUAUAAUUCUAUAUUACAUGUGUAAAAAAAUUCAAAAAAAAUAUUUACACCUUUUAUAAAACAUUGUAAUACAAAUUACUACAUGUAUAAUGUUUUGAGGUUUAGAAGAACUUUGUCAUUGUUUACAUUUUCUUUUUCAAAUUCAUUCACACUGAAAGUGGCAUUAUUAUAAUAUUUAUACAGGUAUAUAGAAUGUAUGUGUAGAAUGAAAGUUACAUAAACUGUUAAACAUUUUAUGCAAAGGUUGUAAGCUCACAUUUUCCCCUCAUCUUUAUCAAAUAAAAAAGGCAAGAUAAAAGUAUUACAUUUCUGGUGGCAGUGUCGAUGGCAUACAUUUUUGCAUUAAAGUUUAACUUUAAAGUUUUGUAUUUACAUAAGUUUUUCACAAACUAUAAAUCCUAGGUCAAUAAAAUUUGGUUUAUAGUUUCACCUAUGGAUGUUCAUCACAGUGCACACAAAAAUCAUUAAAAAUUAAUAAAUUAAACAUUUUAAAUUAAAAUACUUUUGUAUUUAGCUGAACAUUAAAGUAUUGGGUUUAGCUUCAUUUUUUUACAAAGUGUAAGUCCUAGAUCGAUGAAACUUGGUUUAUAGUUGUUCCUAUGGAUGUUCAUCACAAUGCAUGUAAAACAAUUUUAAAAUAAUAUAAUUUUGUUUGGAGAUGGAACACCUUGUGGAUGCAAGUAUGAGUGACACCAAAUACGUUUAUGGUAGGUGAGACAUUUAAUGCUCUGAAUUAUUGUAAUAAUAUUUAGUGUACCCGGCACAAAAUUAUUGUUAUUACGUAGGUUCAUACUAUUAUUACUAUACAAGGUACUUGCUCAUUACUGGGAGUUUUGGGAUGUUGCUCUGUGGUUAAAGGAUCUCUUUUAUUGUGGUUGGUCAUAAUAUAAACACUUCUUGAGAGAACCAUUUGUUAUUUGCCAUUCCAGUUAGUGCUUCACAGCUGAUAAUGAAAAGCCAUGGUUUGUGCUGUCCUGUUUAUAGGACCAUGGUUUUACAAGGUCCCGUGUUGCUAAUUGGAAGGAGUAUGUAUUGUCAACACAAUACGUUUUAUUUAUAUCUCUUCCACUAAUAUUUAAUUGUCACAGUUAAGGCGAUCGCAUGAUACAAGUGCCUCAUGAGAAUAGCUGACCACAUCGCAACUGAUGUAAUGGUAAUGUUGGUCUUGUCACAAUUGGCUAUUCUCAUACAAGAUACUAGUAUUGUGUGGUAUCACCUUUAGUCACAGAUGCCCAAUAAUCACUGAAUAAAACAAUGUAUUGGAUUGUCAUUAAAUAAAUAUUUGUUUUCUUUUGUUCUGGAAAUCAUAGAUGUUCUUAAUUUUCAUGAAUUUAGACUCGUUGGGCCAGAUUUACAAAGCCUUUUUUUUCUUAAAUGCAGGUGUUUAAGUAUUGUAAAUGAAUUUAGUUAUACAUGUGUAAGACAGAGAGGCUUUGUAAAUUCGGACCCAUGUUUUUAUUAUCUGAAAUAUCGAAAUUAAAAUUUUCCAUAUAUACAAUUCCGUAUGCGGGCAUACAGUUAAAACAAAAAAAAGUUGAUUGAUAAGUUAAUUUUAUGUGCAUUAGUAUUUCAGCACGAUGAUGUCAUAAUGCAAAGUAUUCACUUUUGGCUUAAAUGUAGGCAUCAACGAUGUCAAAUUAUGUAUAGUGUAUCUAUUCAACCACUGCAGUUGCCCACGGCAAUCAGCAAUGCUGUGGAGAUUGCAGUGUAGUUUUUAAUUCUCUAUGGCAGUUUUUUGCCUUUGCCUAUAUUCAGUUUUUUUUUCAAUGGCAUGUUUUUUUUGCUGUGGACAUUUUCUUAAUUGCAGGGGUUGUCUAUUUGCAAAAACAUGGAUUUGGAAAAGCCCAUUUCUGCACAUGAUAAAUCACAAACAGAAUUGCAUCAAUGGCAAGCAAGCUUUAGACUAUACUAGAUACUGAUAUGAUCCAGUAAUGUUAGGUUUGUCCAAGAGCACUGUUAAAGUGAAAUAGUAUGCAUUGUUUUUGCUUCUCAUAUUCGUAUAGAAGAUAUUUUAAACUGACAUGCAACUUUCUUAAAAGCUUUGCUAGAAUGAGUAGGUUGUGCAGACAGUGAAAUCAUGCAGCCGUAGUGUAGGUGAUGAUUAUUGUUAGUAAUUUUAAUAUACCUUUAUUUAUUUUAUACAUUUAUAUGUAAAUAAUUCAGCUGAUCUCAGUGUUGUGAACAUGUUGGAAAGUACAGAUGCAUAUGUAAAUGUUUGUCAUCAAAAACAAACUUAUCAUGGCAAGCAGUAUUAAUUUAAUACAAUAAAAAAAUUGUUGUAUGGA